GUGAGCUUGGAAAGUAGCAUGAGAUAAUAGGAAAAGAAAGCGACCGUAAGUUAGUGUUAAUCGUGAAGCGACCAAAGCCAACAUAUCUUUUCCUUGCUGCGAAACCUCUGCAACCAAUAGCGCAACUAUAUACCAAAAAUGCAGUCUGUCCUUCAGAAACGUGUGGUUGGUGCAACCGCGCCAGCGAGGACCUCAACAAACAGCAAGCCCAUUCUCACUGUUCGCCCAUGCAAGCGCGCUGUCCGUGCACGCCGCAGCCAAAUCCAGCGCAGCGGCGCUGUAAAAUGCAAAGCGCUCUUCAGCCUUUUUGCACCAAAGUCAGCGGCGCCAGCCUCUAUCGUUGACCCGCGCGCGAAGCCGCUGGUCGAGCAACUCGUCAGCCUGACCGCUGGCUCGGACGCGGGCGCGAAGUGCUCACCGGAGCAGAAGGAGGAGAUCGCUGCGGUGGUUACGGAGCUCUCGCGGUACUGCAUUAAGAACCCGGUCAAGAGCGAGUUGCUGUUCGGAGAAUGGAAGGUGCUGUUCUCCUCCAAGCCCACGGCUGUGGGCGGCCCCCUGCGCACUGCCCCCGGUCAGGUGGUGUUCCCAGCCCAAAACGCCAAGCAAAUCGUGGAGGCUCCCAACAAGGUGACUAACCUGGUGGAGUACAAGACGCUGGGUUUCCUGCCCGGCUUCAACCGCCAGUUCGGGGAGCUGGAGCCGCUCAGCGGAGACACCUUCCUGCUUAACAUCUCGAGCGGGGAGAUCAUGCCGGGUGUGGGCGGGCCGAUCAAGAAGGACUUCAACAUCCAGCGCAAAAUCAAGAUCUUGUACCUCGAUGAGGACGUCCGAGUGACUCUAUUCCUGCCCUCGGAUGAGGUGCGGGACAACCAAGCGGCUCAGGAUGGGAGCCGCGAGGAGGAUCCGGUGGUGCACAUCUUCCAGCGCGUGAAGGAGCAGGCAGACACAGAAGAUGCGGAGGCGCCGGCUGACGACGGCGCUGCGUCCUCGGAGGAUGAGGAGGCCCCCCGGCCGGUGUUCCCUUUUGGAGCCGGCCGCAAACUGGAGAGUGCCGCAACCGUUGCCGAGCGGCAGGUUCGACAGCAGCUCAAGGAGCAGCGGGGCGGCUCAGUGCGGGUAGCGCCCAAGGCGCUGCCAGCGGUGUCCUCCGCCUCGCCCGCGGGUGGCAGCGCGCGUCUGGCGCUGCCGGCCCCCCGGUCUGCGUCUCUACGCGGACGCAAGCAGCAGCAGCAGCAGGCGGAGGAGGAGGACCCUCGGGAGCGUCGUCGGCGUCAGCAGGAGGAGGAGCGCGCACGCAAGGCUGCUGAGGCGGAGGCCAGGGCCGCGGAGCUCAAGGCGGCAAAGGAACGUGCCGAAGCAGAGCGCCAGGCUGAGCGGGAGCGCCAGACCGCUAUCAAGGAGCUGCUUGCCCAGCUGGCGGCGGAGAUCAAGGAGCGCCAAGCGGAGGCGCGGGAGGCCGCCAAGGAGCUCAAGGAGGUUGAGAAGUCCGCGGGCGCCGGCCUCAAGGAGGUCGCCGACGCUCGCUCGCGAGUGGAGGCGGCGGAGGCUGACGUUGCGUCAGUGAGUGCGGAGCUGGAGGAGGCGGUGGCGGCGCGGCGGCAGGCGGAGGCGGCGGCGCGGGAGGCACGGGAUGCGGUGGUGGCGGCAGAGAAGGAGCUCAGGGCGAGGAUCGCCUGGUCGGCGCCGGUGCUGCCGCGCAAGUAGGAGGGAUGAAGAGAAGUACCUGGGGGAGGAAGGGUUGUGAAGUGCUUGUCGUGUUAAAUGAUGCUUCUGUGGAAGGGGCUCUUAGCGGCGUGGCUGGCGUCAGAGACGGCUGUGAUUGGCAGUUGAGCCGCGGGAUUAUCAUUGGAGGGAUAUCUAGGGUGCCGGUGGGGUAGUUGGGGUAGUUAGUGCUGGUUGAGAGAGGUUGUUUGGUAAGCUUAUUCGUUAUACCGGUGGUUGCUAGGAGGAGUUGCAUAGGCGAGGUGAAGGAUGUUUGGGGAGGUUAGGGAGGUAGGGGGCCCUGAAGUUGCAAGGCUGCAGGUGGGGGGCUGUUGUCGGGGAUGUAACAAGUGCAUUAGCCGGUGACGUGUCAUGAUCGAUGUUGGGAGAUGUUGAACAAAGCAGAGCACGGGCAUCGUGAGGGUCAAAGGCAGGCUGGACUUGGACAGCUCGGGACCGUCUAAACAUGUUUGUGUUGAGGCUUGGAGGGUAGGAUGCUUGCAUGGGGCCAGUGUUUCCUUGCGGACUUCCUUGUAAUGUCUAUUCUGGAUUACAGAGGCUAUCUAUCGAUGGUUUUCUGCUGACACCAGCUGCUGUAGGCUAAACUUGCAAGAGGACACUCGAAGCAGCUCGAAAUUGCAAACUUUGCCUUCCAGACUGACCCAUGGGUCUCAAGCCCGGAUAACACGAUCAGGUCAUGUUGCCAUAUUGAGUUCGUUACAUUGCACGCUGUCCAUCGUCAUAAUCAACAAGCCAAAGGGCAGGGACAUUAACAUACAUAAGCCAUGCA